GAGAGAUGGGGCUCUGCAAAUUUAAAUGGACCCGCCAAUUUUACCUGCUUUUUAGAUGGACCCACCAAUCUACCUGCUUCACAACCUUGGGCAACUCAUAACCACUCAGACUGUGAACCAUUCCCUGGGAUAUCAAAAGACACACAGUUUAAUAAGCAUCUAUGGCACCUUCUCUGUGAGUCAGGCACUGUAUCAGGUUGGUGCUGGGCCUAUGGAAAUCCCUACAAAUCCCUACUCUCAGGAAGCACAUGAUCUCAUGGAAGACAGACACUGUGCAACAUGUUAAAGUUCUGGACAAAGCACCAGGGAGGAGGAGGCAAGAAAUGCUGCUCAAAGAAGAGGUGAUGAGUAGGUAUUCUACCCAGUGGACAGAGGGGGGAAAAAAAAAAAUCAAAUUAAGCAAAGGCAAGGAGGAAGGAAAAGGCACUGAUGUAGUCACAGAACAGGUCAUAAGGUAAGGUACAGGGUGCAGGAGAGACAAGGAGCGACUAUGACACUAGCCUGGGACACACGUGCCAAAACCCCUGUUGUCCAUGACAGUGACAAUCGAUGUGCAAGCAAGGCCCAGGCCCAAGCAGGUUCACAGGUCAUCACACUUUACGUGGGGCCUCAAAGACAAGCGCUCCAAGUAACAUCGCCAUCGGGCAUCUAGUCUGGGCCCAGUUCCCCAGCAUUCCAAAGAGACGAGCUUGAGGGUCCUGGGUGGAGAAUAAGUCCAGCCUUUCAUGUCACAUAUUGGGAAACUGAAGCCCCCAGGGGCUAGGUGACUUGCCCCAAACCCUGAGGUUAUACAGUCGCUUGUGACAGACAAGGGCCACAGAGCGCCCUCUUUGGCUCCCAAGAAGCACCGAGACAAUGAGACAAAGGGGUGGUCGAUGUUGUACGGCCGGCGGAUAAGGAGCCCUUUUCUUCCGGUUUUCAACUGAGGCUCCGCCCCCGUCUUCCCUCGCGUUGCGGAGAGACUUGCUCUAGGUUGCCUGUCCCCGGAAGUGACGAUAAAGGCCCUCCCCCUCAGGAAGUGACAACAGAAGUGCCCUUGACCGAUGGCUCAGCGACUUCUUCUGAGGAGGUUCCUGACCUCCAUAAUCUCCGGGAAGCCCUCUCAGAGUUGGUGGGCACCCCUUGCCUCCAGGGCCCUGCAGACCCCACAGUACAGUCCUAGUUACCUGGCAGGAACACCCAGCCAAGCCCGGUCUAUAUACACCACCAGAGUCUGUUCAACAACCUUUAACAUCCAGGAUGGACCUGACUUUCAAGACCGAGUUGUCAAUAGUGAGACACCAGUGGUUGUGGAUUUCCAUGCACAGUGGUGUGGUCCCUGCAAGAUCCUGGGGCCCAGGUUAGAGAAGGUGGUGGCCAAGCAGCAUGGAAAGGUGGUGAUGGCCAAAGUGGAUAUCGAUGACCACACAGACCUCGCCCUAGAGUAUGAGGUGUCAGCUGUACCCACCGUACUGGCCAUGAAGAAUGGGGACGUGGUGGACAAGUUUGUGGGGAUCAAGGAUGAAGACCAGCUGGAG